AUGCUUACAGUAAAAAAUUUGGGUCGUGUUCCAAAUUUCGUGCCGAUUUGUCGGUCACUGUUGACUCUGAGGUCCCACAACAGCGGCCUGAAUUUAAAUGAACCGGUCGCGCCAGUCCCCGGCAAGAACCCCGUCUGGUCUCAAGAUCCAAAUGAAGUCUUUGCCGAUCUUGCCGAUGGUAAAUUUUUCUCUAGUGGUUUAUACUUUUAGGCGCAAAGAUUUUCGUUCAGGGCGCCUGCUCAUCGCCCGCUACACUCAUUUCUGUUCUCUAUCAGUACGUCAUGGAGAAAGGAAUAAAAAAUGUUGCUGUCAAUCAUAUGCUCCCACUCGGAUCUCUACCGUACCUUAAUGAGGAAGCCAAGGAAUCCUUUCGUCUUAAUACACCCUAUUCCAGUAUUGCUUAUCUUUUUUCGGAUAAUUUUUAGGCAAUUUGUGUCGUGAUGCUAUCAACAGUGGACGGGCAGACUUCACUCCAAUAUCCGUUUCAGAGGUACCCCUUUUGUACCGCAAAAAACACAUACACAUGGACUAUGCUCUUAUUACGGUUACGCCUCCCGAUAAGCAUGGUUUUUGCUCUUUGGGGGCUGCGGUUGGCACUGCUCGCUCCGCCAUUCAAAACGCUAAAAAGAUAAUAGGUAAGAGUUUCGACCCCCGAGGCUUGUUUUGUUAGGUCAGGUUAACCCGAUGGCACCAACCAGUUAUGGUGACGGCACUAUUCAUUGCAGCAAAAUCGAUUUCUUUGUGCAUGGACCCCAAGCCCUAGAGGAGAUUCCGCCUCCGACGGCAACUUCGACCGAACAAAAAAUCGCCAAGAUAAUUGCUGAAAAUCUUGUGGAGGACGGUGCAACAAUGCAGCUGGGUUAGUGGUAGCAUUUUUUCACUUUCAGUCCUUUAGAAAUUUGGGAACUGGGACGGCAUUUUAUUUGUUUGGGGAUCUUGAGUCAGUACAUUUGGUGUUUAGUGUGGAUCAAUACGCAAAACGCUUUUCGGUUCAUGGUUCGAGGGCCUCGCUGUUGGUCAGAACACCCCUGAUAUAAGGAAACUUUUAGUACCGUUAUUUUUGUCCGCUGAAUCUGCCGAUCUAGACUCUAAAGAUUUCGCAUGGCUUGAUCUAAGGAUUUUAUACGUUCGAAUUAUGCGUCUUGUUUUUCGAUAGUCUUCCGCACAACCUCCUGUUAGUUUUGUUAUUGUAAGAUAUGGUUGACUACAUGGGGAAAUGAAAAAUGGUACACUGAGGCAGUUUAAACGAAGGUUUUAUGCCACUUUUAUUAAUGUCACCAAAGGCCAACUCGACAAGGCUGUUUAUCUAUACCGGGUAAGGACAAAGUACGACUGUCUACCGAUUUUCUGGCAUCGCGAAUGUGUAUAGUCAGCUUCUACGACCAAAAAAUUAGUCGCGAAUAUCACUGGGCUGCUGAAGUUGGAGUUUCAAACAUUGCUUACCUUCAUGACCGUUAGUACUUCGGUCCACGACUUCCAUGAUCGCCGCGAUAUCGGUACCUAGUCGGAGCAAACCCUGCAAAUAGGACAACAGUAACGUUACGCAACUACCAAUUUUUCUGUGUGACUUUUAUAUUCUACAGUCGGCUCAUUAGAUAAGCCUAAACCUGAUCCAGCAUCUAUUGUUUAUGCUCCAUUGAUAGGCGGUAGUGCAUUUGGUAACAGUAAACCAGUAAAGGCCGUAAUUCCAGCCAAAUAAACUACUUGUGGAGCAAAUAAUAGGCGUCUUGGCAUCAAGGGAUAAUAUUUUGCAUUCUUUGUCAACGAUGACUCUUCCAGGCCUAUUUCUAUCGCAGAAGCAAACUUUGGAAAGAAUACAAGAUACCGCAAACAAAUUUAACUUUUAGGCUUUUCUUCAACCUCCUUGAUGUAGAGACAAUAAGCAGAGUUUACUUUUCAAAGCCGCCGAGGUUCAGGUCGCAUUUAGGGAACCAUAUAAUUGUGAGGCUUAGCACAACAUGUUUUUAUUCAAACGAUUUAUGCGACCUAAACACAUCGUUAUCUAAUUGGUUGGUGUGCUGUCUUCUCUAAACGCAAAACUCCAUGUUGGAACUCCGGCCUACUGCGCUCUAGCAGUUCAAGUGAGGAGUCAGAUCUGGCAGCAUAGAGGUAUUAGUUCGUGUAUAUUGUUAAUUUAUUGUCGUUCCUUCUGCAGCCUCUGCGGCAUUUGUCGGUCAAGCAGCAGUCGAUAACAUCCCACAGUUAAUAAAUAAUUCAAGUCACAGGACAAAAAAUCUUUUUGGGAGAAUACAGUUUUGGCCUUAGGUAAUGAUAGUAACAAUGGCAGUAGGAACCAAACAAUCAGAUCUUAUAAUUGUAUUCCUACUCCGUGAUUUUAAUUCUCAAUAAUAUCAUAAUGUUUAAAGAAAGGAUGUGCUUCUCACCAACGCUACCAUGGUUAUGAAUACAUUAUCCAGAAAUUACCCCUGUCAACACGAUACUUCCCAAUUUUCUCAAUUGCACGUGGGCACCAAAUAACUGUGACAACAUGACAAGUCGUAAACUAUCUGCAUUUCUUCUGAUCGAUACUGUUAUGCAUAACCACCAUAUUUGCGUGAGUUGUGCAUAGUCUAUCUUGCCUUUCUCAUUAACAUAUUUCAAACGUAGCAGAGGAGAGCGCUGAUCCGAUAUAUGCAGAUCAGCAACGUCUAGAUUUAAGAAGUUCCCUAUAACAAGCUGGCUAGGCUUCAAUUCUCAAACACUUGACUGGGAGUCGGUGAAUGGUUAGGUGAUGACGAAAAUUAGGCAAGAAGUGGCCAUUCUGCCGUGCCUUGCUUUUGUUGGUGACUUCUCACAGUUGCUAAUUUUCUGACGAUUUUUAACCUAGGAUUUGGUCGCAUUCCCUUUGAAGUCACCAAUCAACUUCGUGGCCAUCGUGACCUAGGCUUGCACGCCGAGAUGUUCUCCGAGGGAAUUGUGGAUCUAGUCAACCUCGGUGUUGUAAAUAACAGAAACAAGACGGUUCGACGUGGGCGUAUCGUUGCCAGUUACACGAUCGGCACCAAGAAAGUCUUCGAUUUUAUUCAUGAAAAUCCUCUUGUUGGUAAGCUUUUUGUUCACUCACCCUACGUCCAAAAGAUGGAUAUGGCACUUUUUUAAAUUUUUGUCUGGGCACUGUAAAAUGCAAUGAGAAGGGAAGUGCACAUUAUUGCCACCAGAUACAGGCUUUUCGUUACUCUUUUCUUGAAACCACACACGGACAUUUGACUCAUUUUCUGCAUCGUUUUCAGUCUUUAAAUUUCUCCCCAAAUUCCGUCCAAUCCGGUCACAUAAGUGGUCGAAGCUGUGAGUAUCCUUAAAAGGGAAUCUGGGAAUCCCUACAAUUUCUUUUUGUGAAACAACCGCACCGGAAUUCCACUGCAUUCUCAGUGGUCGUUUGGUCACGCUUUUAUGUGAAUCUCGUCGAAAAAACACGCCCAUUGCACUGCGUUUAUCUUGUCACCGUCUUCAUGGACACCAAGCGGAAUUCAACGGACGGCAGAUUCCGCCACCGGGACCGUAAUUUUUCGGGAAAAUAUGACGCCACGGAGGUCACUAGAAAAGUCUAAUUUAUGCGUAGGUUCCGAUCCUUAGUAGGAUCGUGGUAAUGGAUGUCUUUUUGAAGACGGCAGGUUUGACUAGGUAAUAUCGCUUUCGCAUUUGACGUAAUGUUUUUUGGUUUCUAUUGAUGCUAUUUUUGCCACAACUGACUGACUGAGGCGAAAACGAAUGAUAUUUAAGUUCCCCAAGAUCAGCGCCUUUCACAAACAGACUCGAUUCUCAUGACUUUCUUCUUUCAGGUUUAAUUUAUUUGUCUUCAUCUUGAAUCCUGUAUGGUUAUCCAACUUGCGCAGCAAAUAUGCUGAUUUGUGUUCCACGACCAUCGACAUCGAAAUCUGAAAGGUAGUUUAUGCGCCAGACUUCAGCCUUCCAGUUACUCACAGCAUUGUCCUUACGAGUUCUAUCUUCUUCUUCUUUUUCUUCUCCUUCAUCGGGUAUGAAAGACUACUUAUUCUGCACCGGGCGGCUCAUUGGCAGACCGCGUCAUGUCGGGGUUCUUAAAUUGUUGUUGAGAGUACAUUCGCCUCAUCCAGGACAUAGACACAUCAACGAGAUCAAGGGUUCACCGAUAUUGGUGUUUAGCACCCCUCUCCAUGACUAUAUACCGCACUUUUUGUUCCGCGGUUUAAAGACCAUGCUUUGCUGAGUCGAAGAAAGCUCUGAAAUUCCAUUUAUGCCGGAUUAACUCCCCUUUACUUGGUUUUCUUUCGGCUCGUCAUCGUAGCGCUCUACGAUAUCGCGUGGGUGAACUCCAUCGAAGUUAUUGCUCGCAACCCGAAGGUGACAUCCAUCAAUACUGCCUUCGAGAUGGACCUUACGGGACAAUGCGCUGGUGACAGUCUUGGGAACUGUAUUUAUUCCGGUAAUUUGAAUUUGACCCAUCCAUUUCGAUUGCCCAUUGUUGCCUCCAUGUUUGGCACCCAGUAGACUUUGCACAAGUAAACAAAACGGAGAGCGCAAAGAAUCAAACAGUCAGGAUACAUCUAUCCAGAACCUGCAACUUUAGACAGCUGAGUCUCCACUUGCAAAACCAAAGGAGCAUCCCACAGAUUUCGAUGGAGCGGAUAUCCUUGGUCGAGACAUUAGAUGACACGAACGGUUCAACCGGGGACCAAGUUAUCAAACAUAGGGACGGUCAGUAGGCUAGUCGACCUUGACCGACUUAUCGAAUCCCUAGUCAUUACUAAGGCCAAAGAAGUCGAACUAGAGGGCGUAGAUGGCACAACCGGCAGAAUUUCCCCUAUCGGCCUUUCGCCGGCAGAUGUUGAGUACGCAUCAGCACUGAACGACUAGUUUACUGAGUGACGGUUCGACCGUCCUCGGAAAAUAUGCCCACUGUGUGCCCCACUGCAUGGUGGGCUCAGGGAUGGUGACCUGCGUGUGAAUGAUUUUAAAGUGAUAGUGGACUUGUGCCGCAUUUGCCGCACUGUGCCAUCCUUCACCCUCUUGAGCCCUGUGUCAAAACAGAGUCAAGAAGACCGACCAAAACCAGAGGCAGAAUAGGGCGUUUAUGGCCGGCGCGGCGAGAGUCUGCACGUAGGCGUGCAGCCACACCUAACUCAAGUAUGGCAUUUGCCGUUGAUGCAAAUCCUACUACUGCAUGUCGCACCCUGGUCUUGUUCCCGUGUUGGUCCGGCACAACUCUCCCGAGUCUAUUGUUGGGAGGUGGGACAGUGUGGUUUACAACCUACUACCCCACAGUACCACUAUCCACCAGCCGAUGCGGACUAAGUAAAACUAAAAAUCCUCUGAAAACAAAACAUAAUGUCGACAAAGGACAUGCACAUUCAUGGAAGCAUCAUGCACAAAAAUUCCGUGUUUAUGGCUGUUCCCAUAAAAGGGUGUUUAGAUUACCUUCGCUCUACUAACUAUUACAUUCACAGGCUUGCCACAUUUCCGGAUUCUUCGGUGUUGAACAAGGGUCGUUUGAGGGAGCAUGACCAGUGUAUUGAUAGCAGUAGCUAUGCAUACAUACUAACGAUUCAUGAGGAGUGAAUUAAAAUACGAACUUAUAACCAGCGCCAGAUACCAGGCACGCCUGCUUACACGGGCGCAUUCACGAGGCGCUGCCAGUGUUGCUGGUUAAAGCAGUAAGACCACUUUUGUCUGCACAGAAAGAAUAAAACUGCAGACGCAGGAUGAUUAGGAUAGUCAGCCUCGACUUUCUGUACGUUCCCAGUCUCCAGCGAGUCGCAAUAGACCCCCCUUUCUCUCUCUCUCUCUCUCUCGCUCUCUCUCUCUCUCUCAAGAUUUCCUGAUAAUGCACCAUACUCGUGACUUAUAUUGUAAUAAUUUGAGUUUAAAACUGAACCCAUUUCAUUUUGUGACUUGUGACGGUAUAAACCAUCAUGAUCCCGCUUUUUCCCUCGAUACCUUAUUUUACUUUUGUCUGACAGGUGUUUGAAAAGCUCCCACGCGGCUCUUCGGUAUACUCCAAGGCUGAUUAUGUAUCUCCGAGUAAGUCUUUGGGUUUCGAGCUGACCCACAGAGUAAGGGCUGCUCACGUGGCCAGAUUUGAUGCUCUCUAUCCCCCGAGCCGACGAAAUAUGCGUCCAGUGGCCUAGGGUGAAACGUGCGACUCUUGCAUCUAAUCGUUUUUUUUUGUUGCUAUCUUCAAUAAGGCACUUGAAAGCGGAAGGCGUGCAUGCGGUUGCUAACUUCGCUUAACUGUGUCGUAGAGAAGUGCCGCACGAGUAAGCUUACGUUUUUGUGUGGGGCCGACAUAAAUGUACCUCGCUUGUUCUGGAGACACACGUAGAUAGAUUAUUCUAGCCAUCCCUGGCGUCUUCGUCUUGUUCGGCUGGUUAGAUCAGAAGUCACCUGCAUCGAGCUUUCUUUGCUCAAACGGACGCAGAGCGGAUGGAGUAGGCUUGUAGAUGUAUUUGUGGACGCAACGCAAUUUUACUAUUCCACAAAAAAGAAUUAGGUAAAAUUGGAUGCUUUAAUUGGGUGAUCUCUGUCCAGUUUAUCCUUCAGUCAUCAUAAGUUAAUUUCUUCGUCACAAGGCCACACCGACUCGGUCUGUGAGUUCGCAGUGUCAAAGUCCACCAUAGAUUGGAUAAGAAUAUACAAAGAGGCCACAUAGAAAGCAACACAAGACUGUCACGGAUCCAACUAGGUAUCAUGUCUGGCAUUGAUUCUAUUCAACGAUGACGCGUUCGUGAUAAUGCCAGCUGAGUUGUCAACUCCUUUCAAGGGCGUAGUAAAAUUUCAGUUCGUAUUACAUUUUCGUCUUCCUAACGUCGGCCUAUUGUGAGAUUGAAGUUGCUUGUGGCAUGAAAAUCGGCUAUCCCACAGAACGAUUGAUUCUGUCAGUCUCAACAGAGUGUGCGAUGACUCAAUAGGAUGAUCGUGCGGCUGUUUCCUGCAGUAGGCCCUACAUUGAUGAUCGAAUACUGCCCAUUUUUAGUCAUAAAUGGAUCAUGCCUGUGAUCCGUAAAGCAGCACUGGCCGUCCACGCGUUGUAAACUAUCUCUCAUUGUUCAACAGUCCCACACAGUCAUACACCAGUUACUGACCUCAGGGAGCUCUUUGGUCUUGGAAGACUAGGGGGUCCUACAAAGCCUUUUUAUCUAGGAACUAUGACCUACGCAUCAACCGCUUUGCCCACAUCUCACCGUGCUCCUCGCAUGUUCGCUACUGCCCCGCUUCAUUGCUGUAGUUUUUAGCUGCUGCAUAGAUCAAAUUGCUAACUCUUGGUGCUUUCAGACAUGAUCCAAUUGCCUAUAUUUAGAAGCGCAAAGGAUACGCCUUAACUGCGCAGUCGGAACUUUUGCUCGGGGCGUCAAGUCUGUAAUCCGUGCCUCUUUAUUUGAUCUGUAGGAGUUGGUGGUCAAAUUGACUUCCUACGUGGAGCCUCCCUCUCCAUCGAUGGACGUGGUCGUCCGAUCAUCACAAUGUGCUCGAAGAACUCUGCUGGGGCGUCUACUAUCGUUCCCGUCCUGACGGAUGGCAGCGGCGUCGUUGCCACACGUGCUCACGUCCAUUACGUGGUCACCGAAUACGGCAUUGCCUAUCUGUUUGGCAAGAACCUUCGUCAGAGAGCACAUGCUCUCAUCAAUAUUGCUCACCCCGACUUCAGGUGAGUCCGUCUCCCACGUCAAAAUUGAUUACUUAACUUAAGAUUCUUCUCUGCUCACCUUUUGACCCGAAGGGCUCCUGAAACCGCUUGAUUUUCAGAUUCAAUGACUUCUUCUGAGCGUGACCUUUAUGUCUGCUCUGGCGAACACGAGGUUCGGAUUUUUCUGAAGUCUGGUUUGUGCCAACGUUGGGAUCGGCAUGUGUGGGACGCGCACAUGCAGUGGUUUGGCCCCUUCAGCCGCUGCGUCGACGCCCGUCUUCUGUUGCCCGUCCUGAAACUGGGACACAACAUGCGUGCCAAGUGGGUUGAGUUGAUGCCGUAGAGGUCACCUCCACUAUAAAACCACUCACGGGCGAGUCAGCUGGGGUUCCAACCGACGACAGCGGACGGACCAUAAAAUACUUGCGGAUAACGGCAAGUUAAUCAGUAGUUUUAGUCCGGCUUAGCUCACAGGGGACACCAUUCUAUAACGUACAGUGAAAGUUUAGUGAACUACCCCAUGAGAACGUGUCUGGCCUUCGACCACGCUUUCCGGUUUCUGUCAACGACUGCGUCUGCGGCAGUUAGAUGGCUGAUUUAGCCUUUUUGUCCUGCUCGAUAAAUGUUGAACCUGACCUCGCCUCUGAAAUUACUGUAUCCACCCUCGUCCUCCUGUUUCUUGUCUCGACAUCAGGACAGCAUGCGUAUGGGAAGUGGUCGGGGUGGCCGUCACUUUCGCUGGUGAUCACUGUGCCGUCACGUCGGCGAUGACAGUGGACGCAAUACUGAAAUAUUGCGGACGAUGGCAAGCUACCUAGUCAAUUUAACUUUACACGAAACACCACAGCGAAACACAGCGAAAGUUCGAAGAAACAUUCCAUAUGAGCUUGCCUGAUAUUCUCUGACGUUUUGUCCGCUUUGUUAUGACCGGUGCUUCGGGGCCAGGUAGAUUGUUGAUUUCACACCUCUUGACGUGCUCGAUGAAUGUUUGUCUCACCUCCAUCUAUUUUUGGCUAGCUCUGGUUAUUCGUGGGAGCAGGUAGAUGAGCAAAUAGACGAACUAAGUCGUUAGCUUUAGACUUACAUCGACCCACGUGUUCUAUUAGGUCGCAGACCUGUGGACAAUUGUUACGUUCUAAAAUAUGCGCUGUUGCUAAUGCAUCGAUAAGGACGUAUGCUGGUUGGAGUGACCUGUCCCCGAGGGAGCCUUUGUGCAUAAAUCGCUGCAUUUCACGAGGUGCUUUAACUUAAAAAAGAUUCUUUGGGCCACUGGUAAUUGGCGCGCCUGUUAUCACCAGUGAGCGUCUCACUGACCCCAGAAGACCGAGUUUUAGUAAAGAUAGUUUACGUAGACUGGCGCGGACGUGGUAUCGCAAAACACUUUCUCGUUUUCAUGCUGAUCGUGUUAUUGGUCUUGAUAAGGCGGACCGUACCGCGGCCAUAAGUAAGGAGGACCUCAACUUGCAGCACCAACUGUGGUCUCUUCACAUUUAUACUUUCCAAAACUUCACAGCACGGUGGAUAUUUACAUGAUAGUUCGGACUCCGCAUUCCUUUCUUUAUAUGACAUGCUUCUCCUCGACCGCUCGAAAUACUACGUCAACCUCAUGGUUGGUAAUGGUAAUGGCCUUAGUGAGUGACAGGUUUUGGCUGAAGUCCCUUCAAAUUGUUCGGGUAUCCCUCCACCUACUGCUCGCCCGCUCCUUCGACUCUGGGUUUCGACUUUAUAGAUGACCUCUUAAAGUCCCACCACCCCUCCCUACAUAAAACGAAGAUGCGCACUUAAGUCACGGGUUUCAGUAGAACGUUUCAAAGUGCUGAUUGAAAAAGUGGUUUCCUGGAUCUCUUCAUGGUUCUAGGUUCCAGUCCUCUUAUUUGAAGUUAAGUCUAUCACCGUUGUGUAUUCGUGCUCCGCAUCGUCUUUGUUGAGGAACGGUACUCUCACCUCUUUCUCUUAAUCGGGCUCCUGGCUUCUCAAAAUGUUGUCUUUCUGCAUGUUGCAGAAGGAAUUGAUGGGUUUGUCCUUUAUGCACCAAAAAUCUCAAGCCCCUUUCCUGUCUCUUUUUCUGUCCUUCAGGGAGUCAUUGGAAAAAGCUGCAUUCGAACGUCUCAAGACUAUGCCAUCACCAUGA